AUGUUAGCAAGUAAGCUGUGUCAGGAGCCUAGUGUCACUGAGGCUGUCACUGAGGCUGUCACUGAGGCGGUGUACCAAGCUACAGAUGCUGUCACUGAGGCGGUGUACCUAGCUACAGAUGCUGUCGCUAAGGCAGUGUACCUAGCUACAGAUGCUGUCGCUAAGGCAGUGUACCUAGCUACAGAUGCUGUGACUUCUGAGGCAGUGUAUCUAGCUACAGAUGCUGGCACUGAGGCAGUGUACCUAGCUUCAGAUGCUGUGACUGAGGCGGGGUCUGAGGCAGUGUAUCUAGCUACAGAUGCUGCUGUGUAUCUAGCUACAGAUGCUGUCACUGAGGCAGUGUACCUAGCUUCAGAUGCUGUGACUGAGGCGGUGUCUGAGGCAGUGUAUCUAGCUACAGAUGCUGUGACUGAGGCAGUGUAUCUAGCUACAGAUGCUGUCCCUGAGGCAGUGUACCUAGCUACAGAUGCUGUCACUAAGGCAGUGUAUCUAGCUACAGAUGCUGUGACUGAGGCAGUGUACCGAGCUACAGAUGCUGUCACUGAGGCAGUGUACCUAGCUUCAGAUGCUGUGACUGAGGCGGUGUCUGAGGCAGUGUAUCUAGCUACAGAUGCUGUCAAUGAGGCAGUGUACCUAGCUACAGAUGCUGUCACUGAGGCUGUGUCCCUAGCUACAGAUGCUGUGACUGAGGCGGUGUACCUAGCUACUGAUGCUGUGACUGAGGCUGUGUACCUAGCUACAGAUGCUGUCACUAAGGCAGUGUAUCUAGCUACAGAUGCUGUGACUGUGGCAGUGUAUCUAGCUACAGAUGCUGUCACUGAGGCAGUGUAUCUAGCUACAGAUGCUGUCCCUGAGGCAGUGUACCUAGCUACAGAUGCUGUCACUAAGGCAGUGUAUCUAGCUACAGAUGCUGUGACUGUGGCAGUGUAUCUAGCUACAGAUGCUGUCACUGAGGCAGUGUACCGAGCUACAGAUGCUGUCGCUGAGGCUGUGUACCUAGCUACUGAUGCUGUCACUGAGGCGGUGGACCUAGCUACAGAUGCUGUCACUGAGGCGGUGUACCUAGCUACAGAUGCUGUCACUGAGGCGGUGUACCUAGCUACAGAUGCUGUCACUGAUGCUGUGUACCUAGCUACAGAUGCUGUGACUGAGGCAGUGUUCCUAGCUACAGAUGCUGUGACUGAGGCAGUGUACCGAGCUACAGAUGCUGUCGCUGAGGCUGUGUACCUAGCUACUGAUGCUGUCACUGAGGCGGUGGACCUAGCUACAGAUGCUGUCACUGAGGCGGUGUACCUAGCUACAGGUGCUGUCACUGAGGCGGUGUACCUAGCUACAGAUGCUGUCACUGAUGCUGUGUACCUAGCUACAGAUGCUGUGACUGAGGCAGUGUUCCUAGCUACAGAUGCUGUGACUGAGGCAGUGUACCUAGCUACAGAUGCUGUGACUGAGGCGGUGUACCUAGCUACUGAUGCUUUGACUGAGGCGGUGUACCUAGCUACUGAUGCUGUGACUGAUGCAGUGUAUGUGUGCUGGUGA